GUUUUACAAUUCCUUAUUGGGUGUAAGAACCAGAGAAAAUAUCUGAAGGUGUGUUUGAGUGGUGACAGUAUUGGUGGUGGUAGGAACAGGACAUCAGUUGAACUCAAGCAACAAAAUGGUUGAAUUUUCCCAGCUGGGUGACAAUGAGGUUUUCUCAGCUUUUACCACCUAUGGAACCAUUGCCCUUGCAAAAGUGAUGCUGAUGAGUGUUAUAACAUCAUUCUUCAGAAUAACAAGAAAGGCUUUUGACAACCCAGAAGAUGUUCCAAACCCUCACAAAGAGGAGAAUAUUAAGAAAUUUCUUAGGAAAGAUGACAGAGUUGAUCGUGUACUUAGAGCCCACCGGAAUGACCUUGAAAAUAUUGUCCCAUUCUUUUGCAUUGGCCUCCUGUAUUCCCUGAGCGAUCCAGACCUUACCACAGCCUUAUGGCACUUCAGAAUCUUUGUUGCAGCCAGAAUUUACCACACAAUUGCCUAUUUGACACCUCUUCCACAGCCAAACCGUGGGUUGAGUUGGUUGAUUGGAUAUAUAGUUACUUUUUCAAUGGUAUACAGAUUGCUGAAGAAUAAAUUAUACUUGUAACAGACAACAUAACAUUCAACCUUUAAGUUAGUCUUUUGCUAAGAAUUUUAUCUCUUCUUAAUCUUAAAUGAUUCAUUUUUCCUUUGGAGUUAAAGGUAAUGGUAGAGGAGAGAAUUAUUUUGAAUGCCACCAUUAAUGGCAUCUUUGAUUCUAGAUUAACAUUUUUGUUGGAGACUUUCCAUAAUGACCCCUCAUUUUCUACUCUUUUCCCUUAUCAGAUUAAUGAGUGUAAAGCAUUGCAUAUAUUAUAUGACUUUCAACUUUUCAAACUUUUACAUAUACAAUGUAAUGAUUUUGGUUUGAGUUAUAUUGUUGUCAAAGCCAAUGUACACCAAUAAAGGACUAAAACAAUG